CUACAUUGAGUAAUAAGAGUGCUUGUUAGUUGUCAAUCUAAUCGUAAUACGAUCUAAAAAAAAUAUAUAAAUAUAAAUAAAUAAGAUAUCUAAAGACUUAAAAGCAAUGGAUGAAAAACGGACGUUUGAUUUACUGGAUUGUGUUGUUUUUGCACUUAUGUUAGGAGUGUCUGCGUUUGUCGGUAUUUAUCAUGCUUACAAAGCACGUAACAACCCUGACGCAGUAAGGGAGUAUCUGAUAGGCGGACAAAAAAUGUCCAUUUUCCCCAUCAGUAUGUCUUUGAUAGCUAGUUACAUAUCGGGGAUCGCUUUGCUGGGACUUCCGGCAGAAAUGUACGUUUACGGAACGCAGUAUUGGUCGGUUAUAAUUGCUGACGCAUUUGUUUCGUUAACGAUGGCGAUAAUAUACCUGCCAGUUUUCUAUGGUCUUCAGAUCACGUCGUCUUAUGAGUAUCUGGAGUUGAGAUUCAACAACUACGUCCGUCUGCUGGGGUCAAUAAUAUUCAUUAUUAAAAUGCUACUUUACAUACCGCUAGUAGUGUACGUCCCGGCGCUAGCAUUCAACCAAGUCACUGGAAUAAAUGUACACAUUGUCGCACCACUUGUCUGCGCUGUUUGUAUCUUUUACACGACACUGGGAGGAUUAAAGGCUGUCGUAUGGACGGAUACCAUUCAAACGAUUGUUAUGUUUGGAGGAGUUAUUAUUGUUGCCGUUCUUGGAACAAUAAGAGUCGGCGGGUUCGCUGAAGUUUGGAGAAGAAAUUUCAUCACCGGAAGAAUCGAGUUUUUUAACAUGGACCCAAACCCGACAGUGCGACAUACUUUUUGGACUGUCGUUGUCGGAAACUACUUGAACUGGCUCGCCACCUGCUCAGUCAACCAGGCUAUGGUUCAACGGUGUCUCGCGAUGCCGACUUUGAAGAAAUCCAAUAUCACUAUUAUGAUUAUGGCUGUUGGAAUAAUCAGUAUUGUCUCAUUGAGUUGUUACACUGGUAUUCUUAUUUACGCUGCUUUCUAUGAUUGCGAUCCGGUCAUCACAAAACAAAUUAAUAAAGCAGACCAGCUACUGCCAUUUUAUGUGAUGGAAAUAGCCCAGUCGAUUCCGGGAUUACCGGGACUUUUUGUCUCUGGUGUAUUCAGCGCAGCUUUAAGUACUAUGUCAACGGGAUUGAACUCAAUGUCUGGUGUCAUUUAUGAGGAUAUGAUUAAACCACUGAUGAAGAAGCCAUUGUCCCAGGUGGCAGCCAGUCGGGUUAUGAAGUUAAUGGUUAUAUUAAUUGGGAUUAUUUGUGUAGCUUUAGUAUUUCUUGUUGAAAAACUCAGUGGAUUAAUUCAGGCGGGUAAAAGUUUAUCAGGAAUAACAGCAGGACCAUUACUUGGUAUUUUUACCCUCGGAAUGUUUUUCCCUUGUGCUAAUUCAACGGGCGCACUGGUAGGAGCUUUAGUUAGUCUACAUUUUGUAGCUUGGAUCUCGUUAGGUACUCAAGCAGCACUUUCCAAUGGUAUUAUUAAGAUUCCGAAAAAACCAGUCUCCAUUGAAGGAUGCUCGGAAAUUUUACAACACGCUGCUGCUAAUGCAACAUUAAUUAAGGACACUAUUAACCAGCCUUUUUUCCUCUACCAAAUGUCGUAUCUCUGGUACACGUGGGUUGGAUUUUUAACGGCAAUCAUUAUUGGAUUAUUUGUCUCAUGGCUUACCGGUCUUAAUAAAUAUAAGAGUGAAGAUAAAAAGCUAUAUACACCGGUUAUACAUUGUCUUUUAUCUUCAAAGACGUCAAAGAAAACGAGUAAAAUUGUUGAAGUCACUGAAAUAACAUUCAGCUCAAUUGAUUACUGGGUAUUUGGUUUAAUGCUCGGAGUAUCUGCGACUGUUGGUAUAUAUCACGCGUACAGAGGCCGUAAAAAUCCGGAUGCCGUAAAAGAAUAUCUUGCGGGUGGACAAAAUAUGUCCAUUUUUCCCGUCAGUAUGUCUUUGAUAGCCAGUUGGAUUUCUGGUACGUCGUUACUUGGGUUCACGGAAGAAAUAUAUGUUUACGGUACGCAGAUAUUGACAUCACUUAUCCCGGAAGUUCUGAUAUGUUUAACUUUGAUAAAAGUUUUUUUGCCGGUUUUCUAUCAUCUGCAGAUCUCCUCUUCAUACCAAUAUUUAGAACAUCGGUUCAAUCGUUACGUCCGACUUCUGGGUUCUUCGAUAUUUAUUAUCGAUAUGCUUUUUGCAAUACCGAUAAUAAUUUAUGUCCCGUCAACGUCAUUAAGUCAAGUGACUGGAAUAAAUCUUUAUCUGGUAACACCAAUAGUCUGCUUUGUUUGUAUUUUCUAUACAACGUUGGGAGGAUUGAAAGCAGUCGUUUGGACAGACACUAUUCAAACCCUCGUAAUGUUUUCUGGUAUGAUUAUUGUUUGUAUUUUGGGAACUUAUCAAGUGGGUGGGGUUGCUCAAGUUUGGGAAAGAAACGACAAGUCGGAAAGAAUCGAAUUUUUCAAUAUGGAUUUGGACCCGACAAUAAGACAUACUUUUUGGAGUAUUGUUAUUGGGAGUUAUUUACAUGGUGUUGCUGGUAGUAGUGUCAGUCAGAUAACAGUUCAACGAUAUCUUGCGAUAUCUGAUUUAAAAAAGGCUAAUAUAACAAUAAUUAUUAUGUCAAUCGGGAUAGUGAGUGUCGAUCUUAUAACAUUUUACAUGGGAUUAGUUACUUAUGCAUCUUUUUAUGAUUGCGACCCAAUAACAACUCAACAAAUCCAUAAAGCAGAUCAAUUAUUACCAUUUUUUGUGAUGAAAAUUGGCAAAUCAAUUUCAGGAUUACCGGGGAUAUUUAUUGCAAGUAUUUUUAGUGCAGCUCUAAGUACCAUGUCAACGGGAUUAAAUUGUAUGUCGGGAUUAAUUUACGAAGAUAUUAUUAAGCCACUGCUAAAAAAACCAUUGUCAGCAAUUGCUGCAAGUCGACUGAUGCGAGCUUUGGUCGUUAUCAUCGGCCUUACAUGCAUGGGAUUUGUUUUUCUUGUUGAAAAACUCAAUAGUAUUUUUCAAACUGCGCGUAGCUUAACAUCCAUAACCAGUGGUCCGAUUCUGGGAGUUUUUACACUAGGAAUGUUUUUUCCAUAUGCGAAUUCGAUUGGUGCAUUAACGGGUGCGAUAACAAGUUUAAGUUUCAUGGCAUGGAUAUCGUUCAGUUCCCAAGCAUUGAUAUCAACUGGAGCUAUUGAUUUUAUUAAAAAACCUGUUUCAAUACAAGGAUGUCCAGAGUCUUUACUAAAUAAUAUCACCCGUAUAUCCCACGUAAAUAAUUCAUUUAGCCAGGAAUCUUUCAUUCUAUUCCGAAUUUCGUACCUCUGGUACACAUGGAUAGGAUUUUUGUCGACCAUUAUCAUCGGACUCAUUGUUUCAGGAUUUACGGGGGCAAAUAAAUGUAAAUAUGAAGAGAAAAAACUCUAUACACCUGUAAUACAUUGGCUAUUGUUUCCAAAUAAAAAAACAAAAACGAAUGACAAAGAGCUCGAUAACACGAAAGAAAUUAAUGCAUAGCCAAUUAUUUCAAUAUAUUUUAUUAUUUAAUACUAAAAUAUGAAAUUUAAAAAGUAUAUUAAAAAUAAAAUUGUCCAAUAGCUGUACAAAUAUAAGUAUUUGUUCUUAUUUAAUAAUUAAAAAUAUAUCGAUUAUAUAUAAUAUUGAAUUAUUUAAAACAGUUGAUAUACAACAAGUUACAGUCACAAUUGGAAUAUCAAAAUAUAUUAUUAUUGAUAUUCAAAUAUCAAUUAAUUUAUUUAUUUAAAUUGACAUAAGACUAAAUAAUUGAGGCAGUGAGCAAACUCAAAGUUUAUUAUACAGCCGACACUUUAAAUAACUACAUUAAAAUUUAAUAAAUCUCUCAUAGAUUUUAUCAACUAUUUACAGUUGAGUUGUGGGCAUUUUUACGGUGCUACGAAUAGAGUUCAAUCAACGAAAAAAAAAAAACAAUCUACCGGAAAUAAAUUUAAAGUAAACUGAAAAUUUGUGUCCAAUUGUU